AUGCUGCAUCUCUUUGGCCGCAAAAACUCCGUGAAGGAGCAUGAAAAGGAGAUUGAUCCUGCUACUGCGACGUCAGAAGUCAUUCUGACACCGCCUGCCCACUGCCGAUUGGCGCCACCAAAGCCAAAGAAUCCCGGUGAUGAUGAGAAGGCCAGGGAGAUCGAGCAGUACGUGGCCGAAUACCGAGCAGCCCACCCAUGCCCACCUGACUAUGAAAAGUUUGAGCAGCGGUGGUUCAGCGAGCCCAGUCUCUGGCACCGUUACCUGCGAUCUACGCAUGGUGAUGUCAAGCACAGCAAAAAGCGUGCUAUCGAGACACUAGAGUGGCGCCGUGACUACAAACCAGAUAUUAUCCCGCCGGAUGAAGUUGCGCCGGAAGCGGAGACGGGAAAGCAUGUGCUGACAGGAUUCGACAAAGAGUCACGCCCGAUCCUCUACCUGCGCCCUGGCCGUGAAAAUACCAAGCCAUCGCCGCGCCAGAUCCGUUACAUGGUCUGGACACUGGAGCGCGCCAUCGAUUUGAUGGCACCAGGCCAAGAGACGCUUACGAUUAUCGUUGACUUCUAUGGUGCACACUUUUCGUCCAUGCCAUCGCUCGGAACGGCGCGUCACGUCGCAAAUAUCCUCCAGACGCAUUAUGUCGAGCGCCUGGGGCGUGCCUUGGUGUGCCACACGCCCCGCUUUAUUUCGGCCUUCUUUACGGCUCUUUCUCCUUUUCUGGAUCCUGUCACCAAGGACAAGAUCCGCUUCAAUCCCGACAAUCUGACAGAAUUCAUCGACCCUGACCAGCUCGAUGCGCAAUUCCCUGGCGGCACUUACAAUUACCAGUUCGAUUUCCCCAAAUACUGGUCUGCACUCGUGGAACGAUGCAACGUGGCUCCGGAUGGCACGCGCAAGAACAUGGAGGCACAAUGA